AUGACUGAGCUGAAGGCAAAAGAUCCUCGGGCUCCCCACGUGGCGGGCGGCGCGCCCUCCCCAAUCCAGGUCGGAUCCCCCUUGCUGGGUCGCUCGGACGACCCCUUCCAGGGGAGCCAGAUCUCGGAGGACCCACCGGUAGUCUCUGCUUUACCGAUCUCCUUAGACGGGCUGCUCUUCCCUCGUCCCUGCCAGGGCCAGGACCCCCAAGACGUGAAGACGCCUGACCAUCAGUCGCUGUCCGACGUGGAAGGCGAAUUUCCCUGCGUUGAAACCGCCCCAGGUGCGGGAGGCGGCAGCGCUAGGCCCCCGGAAAAGGACAGUGGGCUGCUCGACAGUGUCUUGGACACGCUGCUGGCGACCCCUGGUCCUGGGCACAGCCAGCCCAGCCCUCCCGCCUGUGAGGCCACUAACUCGUGGUGCCUGUUCGGCCCUGAGCUUCCUGAAGACCCUCGGCCUGUCCCGGCCACCCAGGGGGCGUUGCCCCCAGCUAUGAGUCGACCCGGGGGCAAGGUUGGAGACAUCGCUGGCGCGGUCACCACACACAACAAGGCGAUGCACAGAGGACUUUCGCCGUCCCGGCAGCUACUGCCCCCGGCCCCUGGGGCCCCCCAGUGGCCCCCCAUGAACCCGUCCCCGCAGCCUCCUACUGUGGAGGUGGAGGAGGAGGACGGCCCCGACCCCGAGGGCUCCGCAGGUUCGCUCCUGAAGAGCAAAUCCCUGGCUCUGGGAAGCGCAGCGUCUGGAGGAGGAGCCGUGGCCACUGUCCCUGGGGCGGCCACAGGAGGCGUCGCCCUGGUCCCCAAGGAAGAUUCCCGCUUCUCUGCGCCCAGGGUGAACCUGGCGGAGCAAGAUGCGCCGGUGGCGCCCGGGCGCUCCUCGCUCACCACCUCGCUGAUGGAUUUCAUCCACGUGCCUAUCCUGCCCCUGAACCCGGCCUUCCUGGCCGCCCGCACCCGGCAGCUACUGGAGGGGGAGAGCUACGACGGCGGAGCCGCGACCGCCAGCGCCUUCGCCGCGCCCCGAGGCUCGCCCUCCGCCUCGUCCACCCCCGGCGCCAGCGGCGACUUCCCCGACUGCGCGUACCCGCCGGACGCCGAGCCCAAGGAUGACGCUUUCCCGCUUUAUGGCGACUUUCAGCCGCCUACCCUGAAGAUCAAGGAGGAGGAGGAAGGCGCAGAGGCCGCCCGGCGCCCCCCGCGCUCCUACCUGGUGGCCGGUGCCAACGCCGCCCCACCGCUCGGCCUCAACGGGCUCCCACAGCUCGGCUACCAGGCCGCGGUGCUCAAGGAGGGCCUGCCGCAGGUCUACCCGCAGUAUCUCAACUACCUGAGGCCGGAUUCCGAAGCCAGCCAGAGCCCACAGUACAGCUUCGAGUCAUUACCUCAGAAAAUUUGUUUAAUCUGUGGAGAUGAAGCCUCAGGCUGCCAUUAUGGAGUCCUUACCUGUGGGAGCUGUAAGGUCUUCUUUAAAAGAGCAAUGGAAGGGCAGCAUAACUAUUUAUGUGCCGGAAGAAAUGAUUGCAUUGUUGAUAAAAUUCGCAGAAAAAACUGCCCAGCAUGUCGCCUUAGAAAAUGCUGCCAGGCUGGCAUGGUCCUUGGAGGUCGAAAGUUUAAAAAGUUCAACAAAGUCAGAGUUAUGAGAGCCCUAGAUGCAGUCACACUACCACAGCCAGUGGGCAUUCCAAAUGAAAACCAAGCUCUAAGCCAGAGAAUCACUUUUUCACCCAAUCAAGAAAUACAGUUGAUCCCCCCACUGAUAAACCUGUUGAUGAGCAUUGAACCAGAUGUGAUCUAUGCAGGAUAUGACAACACAAAACCUGAUACCUCCAGUUCCUUGCUGACCAGUCUUAACCAACUUGGAGAGAGACAGCUUCUUUCCGUAGUCAAGUGGUCUAAAUCACUGCCAGGUUUUCGAAACUUACAUAUUGACGACCAGAUAACUCUCAUCCAGUAUUCUUGGAUGAGUUUAAUGGUGUUUGGACUGGGAUGGAGAUCCUAUAAACAUGUCAGUGGACAGAUGCUAUAUUUUGCACCUGAUUUAAUACUAAAUGAACAACGGAUGAAAGAAUCAUCAAUCUAUUCACUAUGCCUUACUAUGUGGCAGAUCCCACAGGAGUUUGUCAAGCUUCAAGUUAGCCAAGAAGAGUUCCUGUGUAUGAAAGUACUGCUACUGCUUAAUACGAUUCCGUUGGAAGGACUAAGAAGUCAAAACCAAUUUGAAGAGAUGAGAUCAAGCUACAUUAGAGAACUCAUCAAGGCAAUUGGGUUGAGACAGAAAGGAGUUGUCUCCAGCUCACAGCGUUUCUAUCAGCUUACCAAACUACUUGAUAACUUGCAUGAUCUUGUCAAACAACUUCAUCUGUACUGCUUGAACACAUUUAUCCAGUCUCGGGCACUAAGUGUGGAAUUUCCAGAAAUGAUGUCUGAAGUUAUUGCUGCACAAUUACCCAAGAUCUUGGCAGGGAUGGUGAAACCUCUUCUCUUUCAUAAAAAGUGA